AUGGAAGCAGCUAGACCUAAAUGUGAAAAGAAGGUGUCUAAUGAUAAUGCCCAACAGAAAUUAGUGAUUUUAUCGAGACAAUACAGGUCGAUUAUCAGAGCUUGUUUAGAAAACCUUCAAGAAAAGGUGGAUAAACUAAGCCUCAAUGAAGAGAAGAGAAAUUCUGUUCCUGGUAUAUUAUUUUUCUCUCAGCUUUUGUCUUGGAUCCGUCUUCAUUUCCACACACAUGAAACAACUGCAUCUCAAUUAUUAGUUCAAGGAGUAGGGGCCCAAUCGAAUCCUGAAUAUUGGAAAUGUAUUAAGGGUCACUUAGGGCAAGGAAGAACAGAUAUUGUUCGAGCUUUGCUCAAGUUACAUUCUAGUGCAGACAGUGUUCGCCCAUCAUAUGGAAGUGGACCCGGUUCAAGUGGCCCAACGUUCGGAGGUGGUUCGAGUUUGAGUGGUCCUGGUUCUAGUUUACACUCAAGUCCAUCUUACGGAAGUCAUCCAGGCUCGAGUGGUCCUGCAUCUAGCCCACAUGGUAGUGGUACGCAUUAUACUGGAGGAUUUGGCGGUAGUCCGGGCGUUUUAGGUAAUCAACCGCAACAAGGAUCAAGUGUUGGAUCAGGAGCUGGGGCUUAUUCCGGUUCUGGAUCUGGAGUCGGCGGUGCAGGCGUCGGCGGUGUAGGAGUUGGCGGUGUUGGAUCACCGUACAGCCCUGGCGCUGGCGGAAGUGGACAAAAAGCUCCCGCUGGUGUAGGCUGUAUGACUGGUUGCACAAAUGGUGGCAAAGGAACUCAUUAUACUGGAGGAUUUGGAGGUAGCCCAGGCGUGUUAGGCUUGCAAGAUAAACCAGGAAUUAAUGUCGGGGCCGGAGGAGGAGCAGUUAGCAGUGCAGGAUCUUAUUCCGGAAGUGGUUCAUCACCUGGACACCUUGGAUCAGGAAACCUUCUUACGGAAGUGGUGCAGGCGGAUCGCCUUAUGGUGGAGCUGGAGGUUCAGGCGGACCUGGAACAAUAGGAUUUGGAGGUGGUCCUUCCGGCUAUGGAGGAGCCGGAAGUAGCAGUGGUGCCUUUUCUGGAGCUUAUUCUUCAGCAGGAAGUCUUGCAGGCAGUGGGUCUGGUGUUGGAUUUGGAGG